AUGGUCAAUACACGUCCCUCUAAUGCUUCGAAGCAUCCGGGAAAUCCUGACCUCAAAAAUCCACGGCGACCGUCGAGUGAGCUGGUUGCUGAGCGCCUCGAGGCCGAACAGGAGCAAGCGGCGGAGGCAGCCACACAGGCUAAGAAGCUUGUGCAUGUUGCGAAACUACAGAAUACUGCACAUAAGGCAGAGCUGAAGCGAGCAAAAGUAGGAAACAAACCUAGUACUGCGUCCCAGUCGAAGACCAAGAAGCCUUCCGCAUCGGGUUCCAGUGCUGCCAAGAGUACUAGUACUCGAGCUCCUGCAGUGACCCCUCAUCAACCAGAGAGCACGAUCUUGCCAGUGAAUCAAUCCACGGACAAGCAUCAGUCAGCGCGUAAGUCGACGAAACCGGGACGCGAUGCUAUUACCGAGACCAGAGAAUUGUUGAGUGCAUCGGGGCAGCAAUCCCGCCGCACAGGUACAAGUGCGGCGACAAGUGCGAGUGGGAAAGGAACAACCGUUACGAGCGUCAAGUCCGCCGCCGCUGGUGGCUCAAAGCGCAAGGCGCCUGACAACAAUGGUGCAAGUUCUGAGUCCGCACGUCCCAAGCAGAAACCUGCGAAGAAGUCAAGGACGAAAGCCCCAGCCGGUGUACGACCUGACUGGAGUUCUCAAGCUCAGGCUGUCACUCCGUCUAAGGCCACCACUACUCCUGCCAAACAACAAGCCAUCUCUCUUCCGAGGGCUGCUAUACAGGUCGCGCGCGAGUGGUCGAAGUUGCAGCCACCUCAAGUCAAAGGAAGUGACGAUGAGUCGGGCCCGCCAGGCGAAGUCUUGAACGGAGGAUACGCAAGCGAUGACGAUGACGAGACGGCCGCUCCAGAGAAGGGUGACGUGCGUACUACAGCAGAGGGAAUUGUCACCAUCACGCACAACUCGAGUGGCCUGGACAAGGGCGUCACAAAAGGCCGUAAACGCGUUGGUGUCUCGCACUACAAGAACGAGGAUCUCCCAGCUGCCUGCCGCAAACUGUGGCGCAAUACGUACGUUCCAACCAUGUAUGACAUGUAUGCUACCGGCAACGACCCUUGGGAUAACACUGCGAAUAACCGCAUGGUCGGAAACCUUACGUAUGUAUGGGAGAAGGUAUACAACACACCUGUCUCGUCGGAGGAUAUUCGAGGGCCAAUUCUUGGAGUGAUGAACCAACGCCUCGCCGAGUGGCGUAACAAACUCGCCGCCGCAGCUAUCAAUGUUGUUGUGGGACAUUUCGAAGACGGCGGCGAACAGUAUUCGUCGCCAGAGUCUCGCGCGAAGUUUGUGAAGUGGGCUCUCGGUCCCAAGAAGCUAUUCAUAUGGCAGGCAACGACCCCGAAGCGAACAGGCGCAUUCCAAUCUUCACUGAUCAUCAAGACCUUCGCAACGCACCUCACAGAAGUUCAAGGGACCGUCGGCUCUUUCUUCAAAGGCUAUGAGCCACAGGGGGCACUUGCACUCACUUGUGUCGCGCUUGAGCGAGCGUUGAUGCUCUUUGAGACUGGUGUACACCACGUGUCGGAUCCAGGCGAUACCAAGCGACCCGAGUUCAAUGCCAGUAUCUGGUAUGAUGCAACAGAUGGUUACCAAGGAACUAUCGCACAACUCAAGCCCGAGGUCUGGGACGCGAUCAUCGCUGCCGCAGAACCAUACGCGAAGAAGGGCAAAGCUCGGCGCCUUGGACAUUCAGCAAGUUCUGACUGCGACAUGGGGCCAGAGGAUGAUCGCGCCAGGCUUCUCGACAGCUCCGACUUGGAAGAAGAUGACGGUGAGGUGGCUGCACAUUCCGAGCCACCCAACGAGGACGACAGCGACCCAAUCGUCGGGGAUGUGGAGCCUGAGGCCGUCGACAACUCCAUGGAGGUAGAGGAAGAUACGGCGAGUAUGUAUGGGUCGGACACCGCUGCGGGUCAACAGUGUCAUUCGCCGGUUGAAUGCGAGCCAUUCGAGGAAGAUGACGGCGUCGGAGUGAUCGUCUUGAUUCCAGCGGCUUCAUAUCGCCACGUCCGUAUACCCCUUGUCAUGUUUUCCGAGUCUCUGUCGCAGCUGCACCCCGAGUCCCCGCCGACUGCAUAUUCAGAUCUGGAAGCACUAGGAUGGAAGCAGUCUAUCCGCGACUACAUAGCAGCUAACCGUGACCGCGUCAAAGGCGCACCGUCCGACAACAUCGUCUUCUACGAGCUCUACCAGAGCCCCGCGCAACUCCGCGCACGCACGCACCCCGCGCUACUAGCCACGCAAUCCGCGCUGCUCUCACUCUGGCACAACUCUGCACGCUCCUCGUCCGCGUCCGGUCGUCCGCGUCAGCCUACGCACGCCCCUCGCCUACUUCGAUCGCCUCCGCAUCCGCCCGCCCGGACCCAGCGUCUUCACCCUCGGCCCGCACGUCGACAGCGGGGCGUGGAGCGCUGGGAGGACCCGGGCUUCCGCGCGUGCUUCAGCAAGAUUCUAGAGCAUGAGGAUGAGAAUGGGGUGGUGGACGUGGAGGCGUGGAGGAAGCACGAUGCCUUCGACGUCGCACCGAGGUUGGACGCGAAGCAGGACUUGUAUGACGCGCCGAACCAGUGUUCUGUGUUCCGCCCCUGGCAGGGCUGGACAGCGCUCUCGAGCACGGGCCCGCGCGAAGGCACGCUGCAGGUCUUCCCCAUGAUCACGCUUGCAGCGGCGUACAUCAUGCUCCGGCCGUUCUUCGCCCUCCGCGCGGGCGCACCCGCGCACUCGCUCGCUGCGGACGACUGGGUGCUUGACCUGGAGAGCACGGAGUUCCCCGGGAGCGUUCCCCGGAAGGCGCAGGAGCUCAACUCUCAGAGCCAUCCGCACCUAUGCUUCGACAAGACGCUCGUGAGCAUCCCGAGGGUCGAGCCUGGCGACCAGGUGUACUGGCAUUGCGAUGUUGUGCAUGCGGUUGAGAGCGAGCACAGAGGAGCGGGAGACUCAUCUGUCCUUUACAUCCCAGCUGUUCCGCUGACGGAGAAGAACGCCUGGUACCUCCGCGACCAACGAGCUUCGUUUGCGCGGGGGGUACCCUCUCCAGACUUCCCUGGUGGCGAGGGCGAAUCGCAGUUUGUAGGCCGAAUCGGUGUUGACGACAUCACCGGCGUACACACGCGGCGCAUGUUCGGCCUCGCGCCGUUCGAGCAACCUGCAGAUGCGUCCGCAGGGGAGAGGAACCUCAUUGAAGCAGCGAACCGUAUUCUGUUUGAACAGGCGUGAGGUCGGUCUGAGGUUGUAUUCAACUGAGAUCUGCCUUUGUCUCGAGUUGAUGCUGUACUUUUCUUGCAUGUACGAAUAUAUCCGUUAUCAGAACAGUCUCGCGAUCUCGCGAGUAACUGUCCCUUCGAACGAUCUGAACUAUGUCGAAUGCAGGGCAUAUAACCCUGGCGAACGGGAGGAGAAGUGCAAAAGACUGUAUCCUGUUUGCUGCUAUUUCGAGCCUGUCUCGCUGUCCGGGGCGUAGGACAAGUUUCGCUACGGCACCGCGAUUAGGCGUGCCGUGCAGGGCGACAUAGUAGUGUGCCAUCUCAAGCUACGGUGUC